AUGCUGCGGCCAACCCUGCAGCGCUGCGCCCACGCGGCAAAAGUGACGGCUGGCAGCGGCGUCGGGGCCAAGGGCCGCGCCGCAGGCGGGCAGGACCUGGGGUCGACGGCCGAGGGGGCGCCGCGGAAACCAAAGGUGUUCAACUUCAGCACGCCCGGGGCGCCGGGGGGCGACAAGGGCCUCAGCGAGGCGCAGAGGCGCGAGGUCGACGAGCACAACCGCGAGUUUGAGAGGACGCACGACGGCGGCGGCGGGAAGGGCCCGGAGAACACGGUGGACGGUAGGUUCUGGGGCGACAAGGGGAGGAACAAGGGGGGGAAGGAGUGA